CCGUCGUCGUGUGUGUGCGUCGCGACCCGCCGCCGCCCCACCGUUGGCCAUCCCGGACGUCGCCGUCCCCACCGCGGCCCGAAAGCUGGUCGGACGCCGUUCGAUAUCAAGUUGGACGUUGGUAACUCGUUACUCGUUAGGAACAUCGAUCAUUUGCGAUUCGUCCGCCGACGCCUUUUGCCGUAGCCCGCCCAUCGACGCGCGUUCUCAAAACCGUCCGUCCCGUGUGUUGUUUCCGGCAGCCGUUUGCGUGAACAGUAAUUUUUAUCAAUAGUACUUAAUAUUAUGUCGUUCGAUACUGCGUAUUUAUUUAUAUUUGAACAGUAAUCGUUUUUUUUUUUUUCAAACGCUUUGACGUUUUAUAAUUGUUUUUGUCGAAUAAACGUGCUCUGCCCUCGCCCUCCCAUCCUUUCUAUUCCGAUUGUCAAGCCACCGGUGACGGACGAUUAUAAAAAUGGCAGGUGUCGUCAGCGUUCCCGCCAACGAAGGGAUAAGUGUUAAAAAUGAAUGCGAUGAUCCUGAAAUCAAUGCAAUGGCUCUUAAAAUGAAAGAAAAAUAUAAAAAAACUGCUUUAGCCACAGCUAAACAGCUAAGUACUUCUCCAGCCAAUGUUUAUAUAAACAGAGCUGGUAGAACAGUUACUUUGACUAUUGCACCAAUUUCACAAAAGAAUAAUCAAGAAAAAUUACCUAAAGAUAGUGAAGAUAUAAAAAGUAUUCAAGGUCAAUUUUCCUGGAAACAAAUUGCAGGAUUCCAUGUACCAGUCAUUAUUCGUAUAAUUAAUGGUGAAGAAUUGAAGUUUGUAUCAGUACGGAUGGCUGAAACUCAACUGCUCAACCAUUACUUACAUUAUUUACAUGCAGAUAUUUAUACAUAUACAUCAGUGGGAAGUCACUUUAUCACUAAUUCAGAAGCAAAGCUAUUAAAUGAGAUUAACAUAAAACAUUGUGAUGGUAUCUAUGGAAAAGAUCCAUUCUAUGCGGUCAAAGAUUGUGUUGUCCGUUUAGAAGAUGUCAUCGAGUUUUAUACAUUUAUGGAAGUAUGUUACCAAAAACUAAUGAGCAAUAUUAUUCCUGGUCGCAAUGAAAAAUGUGGUUUUAUUCGUAUCAAUUCCGAAUCUGUUGUACCAUACUGCCUUAAAGAUGGCUGUAAAUAUGUUCCGCUUUUCUAUUUUGAAGGUGAAACAGAAAACCUAAGGCAUCGUGCUAUAAAAAUUGAAAAUUGGAACUUGGCCUAUCUUAAGUUCUGUUGUAAAGUUCAGGGUAUCAGAAAUGAGCUAUAUACUAGUGAAUCGUGCACAGUGACUAGUCUUGAUGAUAUCAAGAAUUAUUUUCCACCAGAUACACAUUUUGAAGAGUACUGGCCUGCUAAAGUGAUUGAUACACAGCUCCUGACAAAUCAAAAAUCUAACCAUGUUAACCCAUCAGGUGUCUGGAUCAGAGUCCCCCCUGAAAUACCUGUCCCUGAAAGUACUAUUCCACACUCAUUGACAGCUUCAGCACCAGUGAUGCCACAAAGUAUGCCAGUAGUAAUGAAUACUUUUCAAAAUGGAUGGCCACCAAAUCAAAUGGUUAAUUCAUUUACCACUCUAGCUAUGCCCUCACAAACAACAAGUGGCUAUUCUAUUGCAUCCAGAAAUCAAAGUAUAGUUGCACAGUGCUAUAAUGCGGGACCAUCUAUGUCUCACGGCAAUAGUUUAAUGAAUGGUGGGAAUCAUGUUAUACCACCACCGCCUCUUGUCCGUGUAAACAGUAUGGCACCAGUAAUAGGUAAGACUGUGUCAUAUUCCAACACUGUGCCUAAUAGCCAAUGUAUAACAACCAUGUACAAUCCAGUGCCCAGUAGCAGUGUGAUUUCACACUCAAAUCAAAUUCAACAAUUUUAUAAUCAAUAUCCUAGUAACAAUAGUCAAGCCCGACAACAACAGAUGCAACAACAACAGGUACAACAGCAUCAACAGCAGCAGCAACAACAACAGCAACAAAUCAUUACUACUCAAGUUCAGCCAUAUAGUGGUCCAAUAUCUGUGCACGGUCGUUUAACUAACACUCAACAGCGCAACGCUAUAAGGAAUGUUGCACCAUUUGUAUUUACCCCGGCUUCUGAAAUCAUUGAUUUAUCAUCUCCGCCAUCCAGUCCUGCUCCUACACCUGUACAAGAUGCUCGUCUUCGCCCUAAUGUUGGAUGGGAAUUAAAAAAAAUACCUGAACGGAUAUGGGCACAAGGUUCAACAAAUAAUGCAGCAUACAAGAUUCAAAAGACAACACUCCACGGAAGAAUGAUCCACUGUAUAAACUCCAAACCUUAUAUAUAUUCAGAUUUGAUGGUGACCUUAGACGACUUGAUCCAAACGCUGUUGCCUUCGUGCACUGUCUCGAGAUGCGCGCACCUCUUGAACAAAUACUUAAACAUAACGCUAUUUUGUGGAAAUUCUGAUCAGAUGAACGUGUUGCUCGAGAACGGACGUCUCAGGUCGACAUACGCGAAAAACACACCAUUGGUCAUGCUUCAAGAUAUCACGCGCGCAUUUCCACAACUAAAAAAUUUGUUGUCCAAGCAAAACCAACAAAUACAACAAUACCAAUCUGCAGCUGGACCGUCCAAAAGACAUCGCACCAGCUAGGAAUGGGCCGGGCACGGCGAAAGCCGACCCGGCUGGCUGAAGCCGCCAGCGGGUAGUAGUAGCAGCGGAAGUGGCGGUAGUGUAAUUUCCACUUCCGCCGCCACAACUGGUUGGUACUUGCCGACCGCAGCCGACAGCAACGAUUGGCUAAACGCCGGUGUCGGUUCGUUGCAAUCGCCGCACCCACAUCACCCACCUCCACACCCGUUGAUGCAAAACGCUUAUCAGAGCCGAAAUAACUGGCCCCCGCCCCCGCCCUACAUAUGAGAACUGCCACCACACAACUAAUAAACAAACAGCAUUGGUAAUAUGUGCGUGCGAAAUGUGCACCGAUUGCGUGGUUCCUCGCCAUAUUUUUCAACGUUUUUUUUUUGUUCUCGUUGUUCACGUUUCGUAUUAUCAAUGUUUGUAAUAAAUAAUUAUUAAUUGAAUUUCUGUGACAGGAAUCCUGUCCAAUGUUUUAACUCGAUCGAUUACGAAAUUCUAAUUCUGAAUAUCAAUAAAUUAUAUUAUAA